UCUCCUUCUGUUCUGCGUUCUGUAUCUAAGCCUCCAUAAUUGAGAUCAACCGAAUACCGUCAAAAUAAUCGAUUCCACUCAAAUAAGCAACAGUACCUACCAUAAUCGAAUCAGUUCAUUGGUUCCAUCGGUUCCAUCGUUUGAAGUAGCAGUACCAGUCAUGAGCUCCACCGGACCACCUUCCUCAUGCAGCAAUCACAGUGUCAUAUGGCAGUCAUUAGGCAGGAGUCAUUGACCUCACCUUACUUCGGACACUAUCUUAACACCUCACUUAAUACCAACUGACCUUAUCAUCAAAUUCAAGUGGCUGAACACACCCUGAACAUUACUAUUCCAGCUCUCUUUUCUUCUCUGUUGUUUUUCUAUCUCGGACGCUUCACAGAUCAUGGAGCAAGGCGGGAAACACCAACAUUUGUCGCCUCCCGAGCUCUCAAAUGGAAACUCACAACAUCUACAACCUGAGCUCUCAAAGUCACCCGAAUUCUCCAAGUUUCCUAGUCCGUUGAGUCCGCCGCCUCGUUGGCCUGCUCGCCAGUUCCGCAGAUGUGUUUCGAGAUCCCCAGUCACCCCCGAAGUUCGUCAGGCGAUUCUGUCGUCUUUCGACUUUGAGAAGUCAUACGACGAACAGCCGGAGUCGGCUAUACUCAAGCUGGAGAAGUUGUUGGGAUAUGAACGCUGGCCGUGGCUUGAUGAUCUUGAUCGGCGGAACACUAUCUGUGACAAAGUCUCCAUGAUCCUACAUAAAUUCCUCUGGUCUCAUCGUUAUUACUGGUUGACGGAUACCGGUAUCGACGGCAAAUCCCGGCUGCUCAUUUCUCCUAAGGAAGGAAUCGAGCCCUUGCCCUUGCCAGAGUGGCUGUCCACCCCUUAUAUUGUACGCGUGCCCCAUCAAGACUUCACGUACAAACCGGAAACUGGCGAGGAAAUAUGCGAAAAUCCGACCAUCACCAGUGGCCACGCAAUCUUGGAUUCGGAUCAAAGAAGGCCGGACAUGUCAUAGAUGACCUCGCAUCGGAAUUAUUCGUCCAGCCAUAUGACACCUCCGGGGAGAUGUCGUUACGGGUAGCUACAACGAGCGUACGCACCUCUGGCCGCCCACAACACUCGAUCGACGAAG